AUGUUCCCUAUCUAUCAAGAGAUAAAACGCCUUACUCGAGAGCUACCUGAAGAGAAAUUUACUAAAAUAAUUACUCACAUUAGUUCGAAUGUUGAUCUAACAAAUCAGGUGAAUGAUGCCCUGGCUCUCUUUGAUACGGAUGAAAAGAAACGUAAUUACUUGGUAACUUUUUCAGAAACACUUGGAGCUGACGAUUUGAAAAGUUUAUUCGAAAAUAUUGAGGAAAAGUUAGGAUAUAUAUAUGAAUUAUCAGCACGCUCCGAAAUAUCCAAGAUACAAGGUUCUCACUAUGCUUCAAAAUUUCAAGUUUUUGACCUUAACGGAUUAGUUAGACUUGCGUUACCACAAAAGCAACUUCCAUCUGUAAAUGCAUAUUAUAAUUCUCAGACAUAUGUACUAUUAUUUCGUGUUAAUAAACUUGCGAAUUAUAUUUACAACAAAGGUAUACGAAAAAAGCUUGAAGAAUCAAUAGAAUACAUCCGCAAAUUAUCAACUGACAAGAUUUAUAACAAAAACUUUCACGAACUUGCAGAAAGUGCAGAUUUGGCACUUAAACAAUGGACUAAAUAUGAAGAAACUGCUAAAUCAAACGAAAAACGCCUAUAUCUGGCAAAUACUCCCGAGUUGAGCAUUAUGCUCAUGACGGCAUAUAUUUUAGAUGCAAAAUUAGCCAUUGAAAAUAAUCAGGCAUUUAUAUAUAUAUUUUUUUUUAAGGAUCAAUUUGAAAUUGGAUAUAAUAAAACCUCAGGUUCCGAUAUUGCAAACAUAACAGUUGAACUAGGAGAAAUUACGUCUUCAAAUGUGCCUAAGGCAAUAAAAAAAAGCUAUCGUCAACUCUUAUUAAAGUUGGCUGUGAUCAGCUAUGUGAUUGAAGCAUGUUCUGAUGAAAAAGAACUACCCAAAUUUAAUUUGUUCGGAAAGGUAUAUGUGCCAAAAACAGACCCUAACUUUAAAAUCCCAUCCGAAAAAUGGAAUGAGGGUAUUAAUUUCUCCAGUUCUGCUAAUUAUCAUAUAGAUGUUAUCACUAUAGGAGAGAAAUAA